UUGUAAGAACGCUUUGAUGUUAUUGUGUUGUGUACGAAAAUAAAAAAAAAUUAAAUGUGAUUUUAUUGUGCAUUUUAAAAAAUAAAAAAUUUAAUUCAUUUAAAGUUUAGUUUAAAUUAUUUAGAUUAAAAUUAACUUGGCAAUAAUAGAAUUUUGGAAAAUAAAAUAAAAUUAGAAUGUUGUUUAAAAUUUUAUUAAGAUUUUAUUGUUUUGUUGCAAUUACUGUGCAAGGGAUAAGAAUUGGUCCCAUUAUUAAAGAUGCAUUAAGAAGAGAUGUUGAUGGUGAAGAUUAUAAAAAUAAUGUCAGCUAUCGAGAUGGUUAUAAAAUUGAAGAUCACGAUAUCACUACAAAAGAUGGAUACAUUAUACGCUUAAAUAGAAUCUCAUCAAAUGUUACAGAGAAUGAAGGCAAAAAUAAAUUACCACCUGUUUAUUUAUUUCAUGGUUUAUUAGAAAAUUCAGAAAUUUGGUUAGUUUCUGGUCCUGGACGUGCUUUAGCAUAUUUAUUAUGUGAUGCAGGUUAUGAUGUUUGGCUUGGCAAUGCAAGAGGUACAACACAUUCAAGACGUCAUCGUUACUUAAAACCAAAUCAACAUGAAUUUUGGGAUUUUACAUGGCAUGAAAUUGGAAUUUAUGAUAAUCCAGCUAAUAUUGAUUAUAUAUUAAAAAAGACAGGAAAACGGCAAAUACAUUAUAUUGGUCACUCCCAAGGAACAACCACAUUUUUUGUAUUAACAUCUUUACUACCUGAAUAUAAUGACAAGAUUAAAACGAUGCAUGCUUUGGCACCAGUGACAUUUAUGAAAUACACGACAAGUGUUUAUUUUACAUUACCAGCUUUGUAUAUUCCAACAAUUUAUCGUUUUACGACAGCAUUUGGUUUAGAGGAAUAUUUUCCUAACUCUCUAUUAUUUGCAAGUUUACAAAACUUUUGCAGAUCAGAAGAUCCGGAUUCAAAUCUUUGUUACAAAUUAUUAUCGAUUGGAGGUGGAGCAAACCCAAAACAAAUUGAUGCUGAAACACUUUUUAAAUUUUUUAAAUACGCUCCAGCUGGCGCUUCCAUUUAUCAAGCCUUACAUUAUUCUCAACUGCAUUUGAAUGGGGAAUUCCAAUCAUUUGAUUACGGGGAAAAAGGCAAUUUGAAACGUUAUAAACAAAAGACUCCAAUUAAAUAUUCAUUAGAGAAAGUAACAGCAACCCCAAUUAACCUUUAUGUUAGUGGCAAUGAUCCGAUUUCCAGUCUUAAAGAUGUAAAAACAUUAAUAUCAAAAUUACCAAUAAAACCAAAUUAUAUCGAAAUAGCUGACAAAGAAUGGAAUCAUUUUGAUUAUCUCAUUGGGAAACAAGCCAAGGAAUUAUGUUAUGAUAAGAUUCUAAAAAGUAUUAUAAGUUCUGACAGCUAACAAUAUUUUGACAAUUUUUAGAUUUAAGACGCGAUAGUUUCUUAAAAUUUUAUAUUUUUAUAAUAUUUUUAAACGGUGAUAUUAAUAUACUAUACAAAUAAUAUUAUACGGCAAUAUAACAAAAAGUAUUAAUUUUAAGUAAGAAAACUAAGUCUUGCCAUA